CGAACAUCGACCUUCGACAUUCGACCUUCGACCCAUCUCACCCUACAUCAAUUGGCUUCAAAAUGUCGGCCCCAAUCGAACAAUCCAUCUACUUGAAAAACACAAACAUCAUCGUGAACAUCACCCUUUCGGGCUUUCAAACUGUCACUUUUGACCCUGUCACCGGACAGGAUUUAGAUCAUCAGCCGCCCGCCGAGCUCGCCUUCCCUCCCCCGAACUUCAAUCAUGUUGUCUUCCGAGAGAUCGGCUUUGAAGAGGCCCCCAACAAUGGGCCUGAUUUCGUAAAGGCACUGAUGUCUAAUCUGGAGGAGCUCCAGUUCGAGCCAGUUAUUAUCCAGGACAUGAACAUGUUCUACCAGCAGCUGGCUCAGCCCGCCAUGCCCGUCAUGCCCGUCAUGCCCGUCAUGCCCGUCAUGCCCGCUUUCCCUCUCCCGGACCCAAACCUCCAAGAUGAAGUCGUCCGUCGUCCCCAACCCAAGAAAUUUCCGCGGGCUUCCAAAGCCGCCAGAUCCCAAGCCUGGAAAGCGAUGCUCAGAAAGUUCGAGAUUUCACACAUGCGCCGCAUGGCUCUCCGCCGCUAUCAUGGCUACAGCUCGCGAUUCCAGAAGCCGUACAAGCCCCGUCGCCAGUCGCCCACGCCUACCGCUGCCAUGCCCGUGAGUGCCAUUGGAACGGUCCAGAACCCGAUUGACCUUACGAUGGAGGAGGAGUAA